AUGUCUGACGUCUCCGAUCUGGCAAAGGAGCUGCCUCCUAAGGAAUCCAAUUCCAUUCGUUCCGUCCAAGUCGACGAGGCUGGCAACAAAAUCAUUAACAGCCAUGUCGGAGAGACAAUGGUCAUCAAUCUCGAAGAUGAGAAGCGUCUCGUCUGGAAGUUCGAUCUCCGCAUUUUGCCUGUUCUGGCCAUUAUGUACCUCUUUAACAGCCUCGACAAGUCGAACCUGGGCAACGCAAAGACGGCUGGCCUCGAGAGAGACCUGGGCCUAGUUGGCAACCAGUACAACACCAUCCUUAGUGUCUUCUUCAUUCCAUAUGUGCUCACUGCUCCGUUCCUUGGUAUUUUGGGAAAGAAGUACGGACCGAACCGUGUCCUACCUAUCAUGAUGUUCAGCUUUGGAUGCAUGACGCUGCUCGUUGUCGCUGUGCAGAACUUUGCCGGGUUGAUGACUCUGCGGUGGUUUCUGGGAAUGGCAGAAUCGGCCUUCUUCCCAUUAGUAAUAUAUUAUCAGACAACAUUUUACCGUCGCGGUGAACUUGCUAGACGGCUGGCCAUCUUCUAUGCGGCACAGAGUAUCGCCUCUGCUUUCGGAGGGCUUCUCGCCUACGGCACCUUCCAGAUCGAGGGCGGACCUCUCCAAAAUUGGCGUUACCUCUUCAUCAUCGAAGGCAGUGCCACCAUCCUGUUCUCCUUCUUCGCCUUCUGGUAUCUCCCGCAUUCGGCCUCAAGAGCCAGGUUCCUGAGCGAAGAGGAGAAGAAGCUCGCCUUCUACCGUAUGCAAAUCGACAGUUCUUCGGUUGUCAACGAGAAGUUCAAAUGGGGUGACUCCUUCCAAAUCCUCAAGCACCCGACAAGCUGGAUGAUCCUCGCGAUCGAGAUUUGCUUGGGCGUGCCUCUUCAAUCUGUGCAACUCUUCCUUCCGCCAAUGAUCGGCCGGCUGGGCUACGGCACUGUCAAGACCAACCUGUAUACAGUCGCGCCGAACAUAUCUGGUGCGAUCAUGCUGUUGAUACUGGCCUUCCUGAGUGACUGGACCCGUUGGCGUUUCCCGUACAUAGCUGCUGGCUUCUUGUUCACAUUCAUCGGUUUCUGCAUCUAUGCGGGCAUUGAUGUGUUGACCCAGCACCAAGCUGCUUACUUCGCCGCUUUCAUGAUGACAUGGGGCACAUCCGCACCUUCUGUGCUCCUAGACGUCUGGUACAACAACAACAUCGCUCAUGAAGGCCGUCGCGUCAUCCUCACCUCUAUCGGCGUCCCCGUGGCCAACCUCAUGGGCGUCGUCAGCUCCAAUAUCUUCCGGCCCCAAGAUGCACCUGACUAUAUUCCGGCUCUCGCAACUACUGCGGCGUUUGGCGGAACAGGUUUCGCGCUCACCUUGAUCCUCGGUGCAUGGAUGAUGAUUGAUAACAAGCGGAGAGAUCGCCAGCAGGGUGUGAAGCUGAAUGUCAGAGACAUCCCUACGGAAAAACUGAAGGAUGGGCCAGCUGUACCUGAGUUUAGGUGGUUCUAUUAA